GGAGUUGAACAGUGUGCAGAGCAGAUGCCAGGCGAGCUCAGAGGUGCGUUCUGGCGCGGUGAUUCCUUCAGGAGCGCGCGUCUUAACAGUGCGUAAAAAUGGUCCCAGCGUGAGAAAAUGGAAAUACCGCGUUUCACAUUUUCACAAGAGCAUCUACUUCUCCCUUUAGAGCGGGAUACAUGCCAGUAAUAGGACACGUAUCUAUUUAUAACGACCAACAACUCGCCAAACAAGCGGUCACCCAGAAGAUGGACCCUCUGUUCAACACCACCGAGCCGAACCUCUCCUACGGGACAAACGCGUCCGGAAACAGCAGCGACGGCUUCAACCAGUUCAUCCAGCCGGUGUGGCAGAUCACCCUGUGGGCUGUGGCAUAUUGCAGCAUCGUAUUGGUGUCUGUGGUCGGUAACAUGGUGGUCAUUUGGAUUAUUCUGGCGCACAAACGCAUGAGGACCGUCACCAACUACUUUCUGGUAAAUACUCCUUCAGGUGUGAUGAAAGGGUCAAACUUAUGCGCCCACUGUGUGAAAUUGAAGUGUUUCUUUUGGUGAAUCGGUGUUUAAUUUCAUUUUUAUUCUUUCUGCACUGAUUCCUGCAUGAAAAUACUCCCUGAUGAAGAUUUACCUGAAGCACAAACAUGUCCAUCCAUGGCUGAAAACUCAGAAGGAAGGUUAAGCUGCAUCCAUCUGUGAUUUAGACAUAUUCUCUAUUCAUUAGUACUCAAAAUAAAUAAGUAGUAUUCACUUUCUGUCACAGGUCCGAGCCAAUUAAAUCAAUUAAUGCAAUCACUUUGCCCCUCUUGACUUGCGCAGAAAAACAGGAUCCUUCUCCAUAAAGCAUGAAUCAAAUUUAUACAGACUUUGUGAUGGUUUAACAACUCUGAUCUUAGAGUUUAGAAGGUCUGAUUCACUAAAGCAAAGAGUUUACAGCUCCUGUGACGUUUACAGAGAUUGCAUUGGUUCAUUACAUCCUCCGAUAUCCCCUCUCUCCCUCUUUCUCUCUCUUGUCGUGCCGUUUUACCUUCUGUGAUCGAGUGUUAAUGAUUAUCGUCACACUCUGAGUGAUUUAGACAGUAAUUUCUCCCCUGAAUGACCCAGAAAUAACAAAUCCAAAUGUUUGUUAACAGGGUGCUGUUGACACUGCUGUGUGUAUUUAUUUAUCAUGAUAAAUGUCAGGAGUUGAAUCAGACUGUGGCGCUGAGCUGUGUUUGCUUCGUGUAUUUGGUCCUAUUUAACCGGUUUUUGUUUGAGAAUGACAUUAGCAGUUACUAACUAGCUCAGCUCAAUUGUCUGAACAACAAUAACCCAUAAAUUCACAAUUUGGCAUAUUUAAACAAAAUCAAAUCACAACUACCAACAGUCACAGUCCUUAAACUCUGAGCUCAUAUGUUGUCACAUGUUAGAUCGUCAAAGUUAGAAAAAUAACAGGAUCAAUUCCUGACAAGCUACGAUAGCAUUAUAGAACCAGUUGCGUUCACUCACGUUGUAGCAUUCCAUGAAAUAAUGUGACGAAGCACAAUACAAGAUGGCUAGUCCACCACUGUUUGUAAUCCGUGAGGUUACGUACCCCUCCUACUUUGUCCAAUCAGCAAGCGCCCCUUUCAACCACGUGAUGCUGCUCGAAAAGUUUGGUGCGCUUUAGAAAUCACAAUGUGAAAGCAGAACCGAAACUUGUGGUAAAUGCAACAAUGUUGCGACUUUCAGCUCCCCAAUCGAACCGACUCCGCUUGGUCAGGUGUGAAAGCGACCUUUGAUUCAGUUUUAACUUCAAAAGUGCUAUUCUGGUCCGAAUUUGAUCAGUUGGUCUUCCUGUCGGCGUGAAAAUCAGUAGCCUACAGUAAAUCUACAGCAUACUUCACUGUAGAUGUCUACAGAAAAUAUAUUUUUAGAACUUCAUAAAAAAUUUUGGAAUUUUGAAAUUUGAAAUAAUCGGUACUUGGAUUUUUUUUCUUUUCCCCCCUAAUAAUCUGCAUCAGCCCCCAAAAAUCCAUAUCGGUCGGGCCCUACUUAAAUGUGCUGUGUUUUUAAACUGUUUUUCGCACUAUAAGGCGCACUUAAAAUCUUUUUGGCUUGUCGGAGCACUGCAGCUACCAUAGCAUUGCGGAGUUAUUGAAUGAGUUAAAUAAAUAAUGCGCUUUAUAAUCCGGUGUGCUUUAUAAUCCGGGGCGCCUUAUUUAUGAAAAUAGACGUGAAUACACGCGUUAAUUGAUGGUGCGCCUUAUAAUCAGAUGUGCCCUAUAGUGCGAAAAAUACAGUACUUUAGAAAGAAUUUUUUUUUUUUUAACCAAAAUCAGUGAUUUUUAAUCCCUGAGGUUUUGGCACCUGUCUCCUCACCAGAGUGAAACGAUUGGAGGUAUUUGCCCAGAAUUUGGUCUUCCAGGCUGCCCUUGUGUCCUGCUCCAACAACAAAUCAGCCGGUUUGAAAGAGCCUUAAAAAUCACUUCAUCCAGUUUAGCCAUGAAAAAGGCCGGAGAUAUGAAAAGAACAUCUGCGAAAGCCUUUCACUCUUGUUUUCUGGGGGCAUUAUCGUCGAGGCUUUAAAUGUUUUCGUAUGCGGUUCAUGAUGCAGGGCGCCGUCGAACAUCUAUGAGGAGGAUUAGUGGUGAUUGUAGGAUUGUUGUGACAGUGGCUUUGUGCUGCAGGAGGCUCCUCAAUACUUUUGUUUCAGUCUGCAGCAUCAUAUCUAAAGUGAAGACUGGUUUCUGCAGCAGCUGCAGCUCACGGGCUCAUAAAGCUCCUGGUGGGGCGGAACUGAUAAGAGCUUAAACUUCAUUAAUUCACGGUUUUUAUUGAGCUUAUUGGGCAAAGGUUUUCAGCAGCUUCUUAAGGCUGCUUUGUUUUAUUCAAGUCUUAUCUGCUGGUUAUAGAGACCUUCUGUCUGUGGAGGAAAUUACCAUAAUUCAGGCAGACUUGUAGAUAUUCUCCAGAAAACCACGAGACGGUAAUUCAUCAUUUAAGCUUUUUUAAAUGAGUUUGUGUAAAAAUCCAGAAUAUUUUUGGCGUUCAGAGCAUUUAAAUAAAUGAAGAAGAGGAAAAAGUGGAAAAAGUAUCCUAAGUUUGACCUUAAAGUCUUCUCUUGUGUUGUGGCGAGUCUUUCAACUCUGGAACCUUCCUGCAGGUGAAUCUGGCCUUCGCAGAGGCUGGCAUGGCGGCGUUCAACACAGUCAUCAACUUCGCCUACGCCGUUCACAACGAGUGGUACUUCGGUCUGGUGUACUGCCGCUUCCACAACUUCUUCCCCAUCGCCGCCAUCUUCUGCAGCAUUUACUCCAUGACGGCCAUCGCUUUGGACAGGUGUGUGCUCUGUAGGGACUGUUUUAUGAGGCGCAGCGCCUCCAGAGCAGCUCUUAUAGACAUGUUUAUUACCCGAGUAUCAUCAUAAACCCACAGGGCGAGGAAAUAAACACAGGGCUGCCAUCAGAGUGAGAGAUUGUAUCUUCAGGCUCAGAAAGACCCUCUACACCGGGGCGGUACAGAGAAAUUAGACAAUUUCAUAAACAGACUUUUUUCACAGUUUUUACCUGAAAGAGUUCACAGCAGAGUCUGUGGCUGAUAUUUGACACAGGGGGUGACUGAAUAUUUGCCUUGUCUGUGAUUAUCGAGGGCCUAUACUCAGCAUUUCUCUUCAUUUUACCGAUUAGCAAUAAAAUUUAAGAUCUGUUUCCACCAACAGACCUUCAUGAGGAAUCUGAGCUUCAAGUUUCACAGGUUCAUACAGAGAAGGACUGUAAGAGGGGGACAGUCCUCAGACAUCAAAACUAGAGCUGAGGACGCAUCGUUUCAACACUGGGUCUGCAACAAGAGCAUGCACUUCCUCCUCAUCCUAAAAUCAGCCUCAAAACGCUCAAUUAAAUCAUACAGAUAGUAAAUCGGCUCAUCUCAACAUUAACAACGACCUCCAGACGAUGUAUUCAGCUUGCAGCACCAGGGGUCAGCCAUGAUUGGUUUCUCAGGGUUGAUGCCGAUAGAUUAUUUGUUUUUCACGACCCUGAAAACCUGCAGGGAGUGUGUGCGUCACCUUCUGGUUUCGCUCCGUCUGAUGGUCCGGUCUUGGCAAGCAGUCUGGACUCAGUUUACAGAAAACUUCGCAUUACUGUGGUCGAUUCCAAGAAGCUCAUGAUGGUUAACUGAAUUAGUGAUGACGCUCCUGAGUGUUUCUGUGGUCCAUUUUUUUCCGCAUCUUGGUCCUUUGGGGUCCAAAAGUCCUCUGUUUCUAAUGGCCAGCAGGGGGCCACCCCUCUCGUUACAGAACCAGCCUUUAAGAAAACGAGCUGGUUCCCUCCCUUCAGUGAACAGCUUCCUCACUUUAACAUGGUCUCAAUCUGUAGUUUCAAGUCUUCAUCAGUGCUUCAUCAAGUUCUGGUCUGUUCAUGGUCAGAUUGAUGAUGCAGCCGAACAGUUUUUGGCCCGGGUAACCUUUGAAUUGAUGAGCUGCUCAAGUGGAAUUAAAGCUCGUUAACCUCCGGCACAAAUACGAUCGCCUCUGGCCCCAGAAUAAGCAAGGGAACAGAGCCAGAGUCUAUAGAAGAGGGAAUGACAUUGAGAACUGUUUCCACUUCUUUUUUCAGUCUGCUUCUAAAACCCCACGACCAUGCAACCAGCACUGAUAUUAAAAAGUUCCUGACUUUUUAAAUAUAGUUUAGAAAUGAACAGAAAUCCGUGGCUGCAGAUGUAACGGCUCACACAGAUAUUGUCUUUCUGUGGAUAUUGUCUCCAGCUGUUGAUGUCCUCUUCUUCUUCUAAGAUACAUGGCGAUCAUCCAUCCCCUGCAGCAGAGGCUGACCUCCACAGAGACCCGCGUGGUCAUCGCUGUGAUCUGGAUGCUGGCCCUGAUCCUCGCCUUCCCUCAGUACUACUUCUCGUCCACCGCCCCGCUGCCAGGACGCACAGUCUGCUACAUUGACUGGCCUGAAUACGCCUCCGUGGACAUCAAGAAGAUGUGAGUGAGACAACAUGAGGUCUUAGUUUGAAUCUGAUUCACUGAGUAGAAGACAAAGAUCAGCUUAACCAUUCAGACUCAUUUCAAACAUUUGAUUCCCUUAUUUUACUGAAAAUCUUCUUAUACUCAACACAAACUCAUAAUAAUGAAACAUCAUCAUAUCAUACAGCCGACUCGUAUGUCCAGCAGAUGUUGAGCAACACGUCAUGAAUGUAGAGCCUUAUGUGUGACAGAUAAGUUUAUGGGGCUCCUGUGGGAAAUCUCUGCCUAUGUAUCUGCUAAAUUUUCAAUCAUGUUCACUAGCUAGUCUCUAAUAUGUUCCAGCCUAUUGUGCAGCGAGUUUAUCAGAGCUUGUUAAAUGAAAACAUCUGUCUGCAGACAACAACAAGCUCGGGGAAAGCACAGACGCUGAACUGACUGUCUAAGUUUCAGCCCAUGACACCAAGGGCUCUAUUUUCGUGUCUGCCGAUGAGGCGGCAGAGAGUGGCGGAUACCGCGCAGUGGUAUUUUCAUCUGGUGGAGCGCAGCGUACAGUCAGUUUGGUAUUUUCAUGGACUGAGGCGCACUGUGGUCCGCCAAGCUGGUCGGGUGGUGUGGCAGGGGGAGGUGUCGACAGAAUCAGCUGGCACAGUGACAUUUUCAUGCUCACCAUCGGCUUGUUGAAAGCUCGCUGAUUCAAACCUGGUCAGCUUUCAGCGCAGGUGGAGUGCAGCUGGUCUGAUGGUAUUUUGGUAGACCGGCGGCGUAUCGGCAUAUGUCACAGAUGACUCACCGGCAGGUUUCCACAGUGUAAGGCACAUUUCAGUGCAAUAAAUAAUCAACAACAACUAAUUUUCUGAGUCAGCACAUACAUUUAGAUCUAUAUCGAUAUAUUCCGAUCUAUAUCUGAUCUGAUGAGCGCGUUUGGCACGCGUUUGGACACACAACCUGACCGAAUCAACACAGCUGAAACCGCAUUAAACUAAAUUAAAUAUCUAGUAAAUAAACACACAUGAUUAAGUUAACAAGAUAUGUAAUUCGUCUCCCUCCCUUUCUUUCUACCUCUUACUCUUAUUUCUCACGCAGCUCGACCUGGACAUGUGUCCAUGUCCUCUCCCCGUCCUGCAGCAGCUGCUGCUGCGGCAGCUGAACAGAUAAGUUAUUUCAGUGAUCAGAUGAGUUAUUUACUUUAAGCCUACAUAUGAAUAUUAUAAUAUUCAGUUUUGUGAGGCAAAUUUAUUUUAUAUGCAAACAUCUAUGAAAGAAAGAGCCAGGCCACGGAGCGUGAUGCGUCCUUUACGCACAGAUGGUUCCGAUUUUAAUGCCUUUUUUGGAAUUUAUGUUGUGAUCUGUGCGCACAACCCACCUUUGUCACGUGAGGUUUGAAUAUAUGCAACUUUAUGUGAGUGUCUUUAUUUGUGGAAAAGGGUGUUUGUCUUACCAGUGGGUCCAACAUUACACACACCAAAUCCAUCUGUGCUCAUAUGAGAGAGUGUGAAGGACGCCCAAUGCAGCGCUUACAGCGACACUUGUUGAGGGGCUGCCUUCUGUCGCCAAUGUGUGGCAUUAUGUCUUCAGACAUCUCUUGAUCUCUUUGACUACUUCACGAAAAUUGUAAUACGCCUCGCCGGUGGUGGAUUUAAAGGUAAUGAGAGGAGCUUAUGUUAUUGGUCAAUGUAGGUCUCGGCUGUGUUAAACCCACUCCAUGCCCUCUCUCCUCCCUCCCUAAGACUUAGGCCGCUGGGAGGAGCUGAGUUAGGGAGGGGGGAUACUUACGCCAGGCUGCACCGCUCACUAAAAUACCAAAUUGUGCUUGGGAACGCCUUGUCGGCGCAGCGGACCUGACUUAUGCCGCACCUGCGCCACGUCUACGGCGAAGCAUGAAAAUAGAUCAUCGAGCUGAGGACACUUAGAGCUGCAGUCUGUGAUGUUAUCUCAAUAUGCAGCAGCUCUGCUUCUCCUGUCUGUUGUAGAAACUCCUGCAGGUGGAGUUUGUAUCUAGGAUGGAUUACUGGAUUUCAAAACAGAUUUUCCAACUCAUUUUGGCUGAUAUUGAUUAUUGUUGAUGUAGGAGACAUAAUAUUGCUUUGCUUAUUGGUUAUCCUGUGUUCAGUUACUUUUGUGUGGUUGUUAUCAGUUUCGCUGGGUUUGGCUCAUGUGGGCACUGUAUUUGAAAGCCGGUAAGUUAUAUAAGGGACAGUCUCACCUGCACUGAGGUGGAGAGGUGAUCUUAGGUAGCUGUAAUUUUUGUUGACCGCACUUUAUGUUCUUUGUUUGCAAUGAUACACGUCGCAAAGUGUACACAUAUUCUAUCACAUGUGCGUGUGUAAUCAUUGGCAAUUGUGGAACCUUUUUUUCUGUUACCAAAGCUCCGAAAACGUCAAUAAACUGUGGGCGCUUCUUUGGGACAGCAGUGGCAUGUCACGGAAAUAUACAGGACCUAUGCUCUGCCUCAAGCGACUUUUUCAAAGGUACUAGGAAAUAGUGCUGCACAAUAUUGGAAAAAACUAACAUUGCGAUUUUUUUCAACCCUGCAAUAUAUAUUGAGAUGUUAAAAAAUACAGGAAUUUUCACCAGAUGACCUGAAUAGCACUUUAUGCUGAAAUCUUGAGGACAGUUAACUUGCACUGAUCUUGCCUUUUUUUGUGAAUGUUAGUAGAAUGGCUUCUGUCUGUCUUAAAGAUAUUUUUAGCAUACUUCUAUUGUGCUGGGACUUGUUAUCUCUCGUUGUGGCAACUGAUGAAAGGCACUGCCGACACAGAACACGUGUUUGGUCGAUAUCAUCCUUGUUAUAACCAAAAUAAUUCCAGAUAACUGACAUUGAUUUUUCUUUUUGGCAACAAGUCUUCAUUUUCGGUGGUUUUCUCUUGUUUGUUGCUCCUUUUGCAAUCGUUGUUGUUGUUACCAGUGUUGUGCCGAGAAAUGCGCGUCCUCUGAGAGUUGCAUGCACCUUGCGGAAACGCGCACCGCUUAUAAUAGAGUUAUCCACGGAAAUGUUCGAUUUAAAACCCAUACAAUUCUUAUGGUUUGUGGGGCUAAACAGUGAUGAGGAAUGUACUGAAUGUAAUUCUUGGCGGGCAUGCUGUCUCGGUACAACACCGGUAGCGCCAGCGACUCACUCCAUGUGCAGGGGCGUGGUUUACUCCUCUCUGAUUUUGAUUGAUAGCUGGUAGGGGGUAGUCUGGUUGGCAACUGAGUAAAGAACAAAUGUGACUGGUGGAUCGCUGCACAGCACAUGCAGGGUCACAUGCAGUGUAUCUCAGUCAGCUACCCUUGAAAUUAGAUGAGUUCAUUCGCCUCUGACAUCACAGGCUCUGCGAUGUGACUAUUGCACACAUGUACAUCGCGAUGACCAUGCUCAAACAAUAUAUUGUGCAGCCCUACUAGGAAAGCCGCAAUAAUUGAUGCCGAUACAAACAGCUUGUGAUUGAGUUUACCUCUAACUCUUAUUCUGACAGCCUGUUUACUUUACAACAGGUCAGAUUAUACUGAUAUUCAGAAUUGACUUUUGAAGCUGUUGUCUGCAGAUACAAAUAUCAUACUGAUAAUAUCUUGUUUGGCUAAGCUCACUGUUAUUUUGCUCCAGCUCACAGUCUGAUUCAUGUUGCCCAUUAAUACUUGCACACCAAGUUUGCACCUCUGUGAAGACAAGUUGUCAGCAUCUGUGCUCUCUGCUGACUGAGCUUACAUCUGUCCAUAUCUGUCCAUCAGUGUGUAAGACGAUGAAGAACACUCUUCAGAGAAGAAUGAAGUUUUACCUUUUAUAUCAGGAUGGAUCCUGCAAAGAGAAGCUUGUUUCACUAGGAGAAAAUCAAACAUCCAUUACGGCUGCACUGACGUGUUAUUUCGUGUUGAUUAAUCUAUCAAACCUUUUUUUAAUUGAGAGAAACAUUUUUUAAAAUCAGCUUUUAAAACUUGAAUGUUCAAAAAUUUCCCAUCAUCUCCAUUUUAAAACAAACACAGUUUUAUGACAGAGGAGGACCGCAGGGCUUAACCCCCAAACUAAAAAAAAGCCAAAUCCUUACUGUUAAUAUCGCUCUGAGAGUUUGACGAGACUUGAUGUCAGUUUAAGAUAUUUCAUUUCUUUAAGCCAUUUUCCCUGAUUUUUUCAAAGAACUGUCUCUUUAUGUGACCGGACAUGUGUGAUCUCUCAUCAAGGUUUUGCUCAAACGUGUAAUACAUUUGUAAUACAUUUCUUACAUUUACAAUGUCAUUUAGCGGACGCUUUUAUCCAAAAUGACAUACAUAUCAAUCAUACACCAGUGGAGGACACACACUAGGAGCAAGGGGGGUUAAGUGUCUUGCCCAAAGACACAACGGACAGACUAGGGAUACGGGGAAUCAAACCACUGACCUUCCAGUCAUUGGACUGGAGCUACAGCCAACUUUACUUGAAUUAGUACAACCUGAGGAAUCAUAAAAUCUGUCCCCCCAUGAUGUCAGAUUAAGUCCUGAACAGAUAUUAAACAAACUAUACAAAAAAAACAACAACAUACAAAUCAACAUAGAUAUACAUUAAUUGAUGUACAGUAUAAAUCCAUUUCAAUCUGUUGUGUAUCCCUGUAAGUAAAAACUGUCAUCCCAGAUCAACAGAGAUCACAGAUUCAGCCUCUGAUUGGUUUACAGACCACAACAAAGAUGGCCGCUUCCGUUGAGUGUAACCAGCUAACAAAAAAAUAACAGAGUUUAACAGACAGUGAGGCUAACGUUGGGAUUAUCAUACUUGUCUUCUUUGCACAGCAGUAAAUCAUUUAUCCCCUCAGCGAUCAGGCAGCUAAAUGCUGAGAAGUAGCGGAUUGGUGGCCUGUGUUGGAUUUUGGGGUGCUGAAAUUGUGGUUUCAGGAUUGUUUUGGUUCUUAUUUUAUUCUUUUUUAUUGCAUCAUUCCUUACUGCAUUCAAGUCAUUCCACUGUGAAUGUUUUGCAUAGGCUAUAUAUUUAUUAUCUAGUUAUUUAUUUAUUGCUGAUUUGUGGUGCUGACAGGGGAAUGCCUGGUAUUUGUUUGUUCCUGAUCGUUGUCUGUUCCUUGAUUAUUUAACAACAAGGCAGGUUACUGUAAAGUAAAUUGCCCUUCAGGGUUUAAUAAAGUUGUUUCAAUCUGAAUCUGAAAUCAGUCCCUCAUGUUCAACGUUUUCUUCCUGUCUUCAUGCUAAGCUAACUCGCUUCAGCUCUGCAGACAUGUGACCGCUGUGAACCGCCUCUCUUCAGUUUCAGAUGGACAGAAAAAUGACCAAGCUCCUUCUUCAUGAGAUGAUGUAGUUGAAGCUGAUUAGGUUUUCAUGAAGUAAAGGAAGAGCUGUUGUUAGCUGGUGCUGCAUAUGUAGAGUGUGUGACAUGCUGUCUUCUCCCAUGGUUAGCAUACGUAUCCCACAGCAGCAACACCUCCUUGUUGCUAAUCAGGUUGGAUCUCUUGUCGCCCAUUCUUAAUGAAGUACCUGAUGCUGCAGGGACGCUGCAGUGUGACUGAACCAGUGUCAUAAUCACUUUCUGUGGGGUUAAUUCAGUAAAUGAAAAAACACACCCCGCAGCUGAAACCACUCCUGUUCAGGUGAUGAAUCUGACCAUGAGGAUCAUUUUCACGCCCGGUUGAUUUCUUUUGGAAAUAUCUGCGAUGCCAAAAGAGGAAACGGGUGUUUGAUGAAUGUGCGUCCAUUUUUAAUAUCACAUUACCGCCCCUGACUGCCUCCGCUCAACCUCCCUGCAAAUUAAAGCAUCUUUUAUUUAGUGGUCUUCAUUUCCUCCCCCUGAGUAUUUACAGACCAGGAGAUGAAGAUCACUUCCUUGUUGGUACAUAUUCAGGAGUGUGUGUGUGUGUGUGUGUGUGUGUGUGUGUGUGUGUGUGUGUGUGUGUGUGUGUGUGUGUGUGUGUGUGUGAGUGCAUAAAUGAAUGUUAAUACGCUGUCUGUGAUUUGAUGGAGGAUAGGCGUCAGACAGCUCUUUGCAGGCAUGAGAUUAAUAUAUUCAUGGAAGCAGCAAACAAAUGUUAGAGGUUUGCAGCUUUGGGAGUUCUCUGAAUGAUCAGAACCAAAGACCUGGACCGUGUGACACUGGUCCAAGACUGGGACUGUGGAAACAGGUGUCUGAGAUGAGCCUCCUCUGAAGGUCACAGGGUCAGGAGCAGCUCCUUCACAUCAAAAAAGCCGGCCUGCUGGACGCCUCCCUUUACAGGUGUUAGGUCGAGUCCAGCAGGAGGGAGACCCUGAGCAGGGCUGGAUGAAGAACCUUAAAGUGCAGAUAUCACUCGCCUUUCCUCAUCUGCUGCAGUCUUCCUCACCAGUCGACAUCCCUGAUGUUGUUAGACUGCCUUCCUCUCAGUUUUUGUUCAUUUCAACGGGAAACAAAAGACUGAUUUCCCCCAGUUAAUGUAGGAACCAGGAUUAGUGGGAAAAUAGGUCAGAGUAAAAGUACAAAUCUUAUCUGAGAAAUGUAGUGAAGAAAAAGUAGAAGUUGUCAGAAAUAAAGCAGCAUUUAGGUCAGUUAGGUCUCUCUGUCCAACCUAGCUUACAUAACCUGGGUGUUGUGCUUGACAAGGACAUGUCCUAAGACCACCACUGUAAACAGUUGGUGAAGAAUUGCUUUUAUCAUCUGUGGAACAUCACUAAACUGAGGUCCAUGAUUUCAAGACCUGAAAUGGAGAUGAUAAUUCAUGCCUUUGUUUCAUCUCGCAUGCACUACUGUAAUGCUCUUUUUAUGUGUUUUAACAAAAAGGCUGUAAAUAGCCUUCAAACUGUUCAAAAUGCGUGCUUGUAACUGGAUCCAAGAAAAGGGACCAUAUCACCUCAAUUUUAUAUUCCCUCCACUGGUUACCAGUUAAUUUUAGGAUUCAUUUUAAGAUUUUAGUUCUUGCUUUUAGAGCCCUCUAUGAUCAAGCUCCCUCAUACAUCACUGAGCUACUGAGACCCUAUUCCCCCUUACGUUCACUAAGGUCAUCAGACCAUAAACGCCUGAUGGUCCCUCACACCCCUUUUUAAACAUGAGGUGACUGCUCUUUCCAGGCCAGUGACCCUUGCCUCUGGAAAGCAUUUCCAUUGACCUUACACAGCAUAGAGUCUCCUAAAAGUUUUAAGCAAGAACUUAGACAGGCUUUUUACUGAUGUUGACAUUGUGGGGCCUCUGUGAAGUACUUGUAUCUGUGCCAUUAUAUGUAUUGUUUUUGUCUGUAUUCUACUGCAUUUUAUCCCUAUUGUAAAGCAGUUUGUGAUUUUAUCUAUGAAAAGUGCUAUAUAAAUUAAAUGUACUUACUUACUUACUUAGAUAUAAAAACUCAAGUCAAGUACAGAUACUCCCCCAAAAUACCAAAGUACAGGAACAAAAAUGGGCAGAAGAAGAUAGGACAAAUGAGCUCAAAAAACAUUGAGGACUCAUCAGCUGUGGUGGUGGGCUCGAAUCUGUUCAGAUACAAAGAAAGUCCAACAACUGGUCCAAUCCUUGGGUUUGUUUGAGUCCUCUUUAUUAACAAAGGGGUCUUACUGAGUGAAAUGACCUUGGAGGUCUUUGAGAGUCGGACGCUUCCUUUAUUACCUCCUUAGCAAAGGAUACACCAGAGCAUCCUUUAGGAAAGGAGAGAAGGAAAAGAACCCAAGAGCAAGACAACAAACUCCGGGUCAAUAAUGCUGUCUUUGUCUUUUUCCUAACUCCUGAUAAACACCUUUGGUUCGUUUGGAUUUAGUUUUUGGACUUUUCAAAUAUACCCUGCCUGAUUUGCAUGUUUGUGAAAGACUCCACCGCCCACUGUCUCCAGGAAGAUUCAGUCUUCAGAUUUCUAACAGUUUAAGAGUAAAAAUCUGUGCGUGAAGUUUCAAACUGAUUUUAAAAAUGGAAUUAAGACGAGCUGCAGUGGGAGAGAAGAGUAAAACUUUCAUGUCCCUGUGAGGCAGUUUGAAAACAAGCUGAACAUCCACACCUUCAUCACACCAUCUCCACCCAUCACAGACCAUCUGUACCUGUUCAGACUGAACCUUCACCUUGAUGGAAGCAUCUGGAAUUCCUGCAAAAAACAAUAAACUCUGACUUCAAGACAGUGCUCACCUUAAACAUGUGCUGAAGGUCUCCAAGAGGGACACCAGUGAUCCUACAGCACUGUCUGAUCAUCUCCACAAGUUUGGUCGUAUUCUUAAGACGGAGACGGUCAAACCAGUAAAUCCAAGAAAGCAAAAGAACAGAGAUAUUUGUGUUGUUGCUCUGCAGGCUCACCUUUAAUCUCAGAAGAAGAAGGAGAAGAAGAAGAAGAAGAAAUGGGUCUUCAUCUCUGAAAAUCGGUCGACAUUUCUCAGGUCAGAGCCACAGCUCAGAGGAACGAUCAGUCACACGGUUAACAAAGUCAUUAAGGACUGAGCUGUGAUCUUGUUUCUAAGACCCCCAAUAACAGAGUCAUCAGCACUCUUAAGGAUGAUCCAUGGAUGCUCUGGCGUUCACUAGUACCCAGUGGAGGAUAACCCUCAAUUUCCACCGCAUCCGGAACGGCUAUGAAAAGGCCGUAUCCUUAGAUUGCCAGUGAUCGUCACCAUUCAACUCAUGUGUCAAUUUCCGCCAACUUCUUUCCGUUUCACUGCGGAUCGGCAAACUCUGUAGCUAAUCACAAGAGGUCUAUUUUUUUUGGACACCGGAGCAUGUCAGAUAAAUUAAGCACAGAUUAACCCAUGCCGGAAAGGAAUUCGGGCACAGACACAAAAUAAAACAUCCAGCUUCUUUUCAAAAUAAAACACUCUGUGUUUCAGGCGGAUCAUAUUUCACACCAUGCAAACGGGCGGGGACGAACAAGUGAAAGGUUUUUAGACGUCAUUUCACCCCGAUGACACCAUGGAUGAGGAGAUACUGAUUCUAGAAGUCUAGAAGUAGAUUUCCUCCUCUGGAAGGACACAGUCUCCUGCUUAUAUGGUUAGCCUAUGUGUCUGUCUUUAUACAGACAACUUGUUAUUGCGCGAUUGCAUGUGAAUUUGUGGGUUCGUGUAAAUUCUUGCGAUUCCUGCUGUCCGUAAUCCGCCAUGAAAUUCGCCUCACAAACAAAUGUGGUAGGAAUUGGUGUAUGGCGAAAAUCACCACCAUUUUGGAUCAGAGCCAUUCCGGAUGCGGUGGAAAUCCCGGGUAAGACCUCUCUGCUCAGGGUUGGUUAAGCCGGACCACUGAGAUCUGUUUGUUUAAAAGUACUAUCAUCUAUAUUAGAACCAGAUAAAAGUCUACGAGCAAGGACGUGUGGUUGGAUCCUUUCCAAAGCAGAAGAAAAAUCAAUCAAAAGCAGCCGGGCAUGAGCCUUUUUCUUCACAGCGUCCUCACGCCCUCACAGCGCUGAAGAAAAACUGUGAAUGAUCCAGAUUUACAGAGAAUGAAAUUCCUAAUUUCAUAAUAUUCUCUCGUUUCUAUUACACAAGAAGCAUGAUGGCCAGUAUUCAUUCUGUGUCUAAGGAGACCCGGGUUCCACCACUAGAACUGGUUCUAUGCAUGUAGAAGCUCCAGUCAGCCCUGAACCGGCCUUCAGCAUUCUGCACAUGCUCCACAGUCUGCACGCCUGGCGUCGACCCUGAAUUCAAACACAUGCGAGAGAUAGCAUGGACGUCAUAGAGUUCAUAGGAAAGGUAAAGGGCCGUAAAGUUUCCAUGUUUAGCCCCUGCUAACCGGUUUGGCAAUUGUUUUGGUCUGUGAUGAAUCUGGUCACCUGGGAGAAAGCUCAACAGUAACAAGCUGAAAGGUUUUUUUUUACGACCUACUGACACAGGGACCAGAGUCCCUACAGAGACUUGGUGCCACAUGUCGGGACAGGGACAGCAGCGCUUUAACCAUUGCUGGAAUAAACUAAAAGUUUAUCUUUAACUUCUGAGUAAAUAUCAGAGUGAACAAACUGUCUGUGUACUGCUGUCCUUUGGACCGGUAAACUCUCAGAGUACACAGAGUAUUCCUCUCAUUAAAAGACUUAUUUUAUAGCCAACACGAUUGAAAGUUUACAACCUGUCAGUUUGUUUAAGUCUUAACGAACAGAAACGGUUUACAAAUGACUUUAAAUUAAAUUAAUGCAAAGACAACAAGUUUGUGAGUCUGAUAGAGGAACCGUGUUCUGUUCUGUGCUGAUAGAGGAUUUCAACUGCUCAACAGUUCAGGGUCUCCUUGGUCCUGUUUUUGGGGUCCCGAUGCUCCAAAUGUGUUGUGACAACUUUGACAAAGCUCUAUAAAAAUCUACUGCAUUAACACAGUUUUCUUCGUCCCCUCAGUCCACCUUAAAUAGACUCAGGUCCAGAGAAGUCUCUUGUCUUUCUGGUUCUAUCUGGUCUCCUCUUUCCUGAUUCAGUUUGAACCUCAUUAGUAGAUGCAGUGAUGAACUGUUAGCUCAAAUAGUCUCUCAAAGAGUCCUGAACCUCUUUCAUCUUUCCUUCUGAGAGACUCUGCCUCUCUAAAUCCGUCUUAGACCCAGUCAUGUGACUAACCUAUUGAACUUUUACCUUAUUAGUUUGAGAUGUUCCUUCAGAUGUUCAGUCUAGGGCAGCACGAUAUAUUGUUUGAGCAUCGUCAUCACGAUGUACGUGUGCACAAUAGUCACAUUGCAGAGCCUGUGAUGUCGGAGGCGACUGAACUCAUCUGACUUCAAGGGUAGCUGACUGAGAUACACUGCAUGUGACUCUGCAUGUGCUGUGCAGCGAUUCACCAAUCACAUUCGUCUUUACUCAGUUGCCAAUCAGACAACCCUGCCAGCUGUCAAUCAAAAUCAGAGCGGAGUAAACCACGCCCCUGCACAUAGCCUGCACAUGAGUUGCUGGCGCUGCCGGUGUUGUGCCGAGAAACGUAUACCUACCGAGAAUUACUUUGGGAACAUUACUCAUCAUUGUUUAGCCUCACAAAUAAGAACUGUAUGGGUUUUAAAUUGUACAUUUCCAUGGACCACUCUACUAGCGGUGCGCGUUUUGGAAGGUGGAUGCAAUUCUCGGCAGGCAUGAGUUUCUUGGCACAACACCGGUAACAAUAACAACAAAUGCAAAAUGAGAAACGAACAAGAGAAAACCACUGAAAUUGAAGACUUGUCGCCAAAAUGAAAAGGAAAGUCAGUUAUCUGGAAUUAUUUCAGUUACAAGAAGGAUGAUGUCGACCAAAACACUGUUCUGUGUUCAUCUGUUGCCACAAUAACGUCCCAGCACAAUAAAAGCUAAAAAUAUCUCUAAGACAGACAGAAGCCAUUCUACUAAUAUUCACUAAAGAGGGAAGGUCAGUGCAGGUUAAAUCCGCAAGAUUUCAGCAUAAAGUGGUAUUCAGGUCAUCUGCUGAAAAUUUCUCAAUUUCUUAAUAUCGCAAUAUAUAUCGCAGGGUUGACAAAAAUUUCAAUGUUAGUUUUUUCCAAUAUCGUGCAGCCACAGUUCAGUCUCAAAAUUAGAUUUUUAUUUUGCAGUUUUUUUCAGUUGACAGUAGUGGUGCAAGGGAUCACAAAAUUCAGAUCGUUCCUCAGAUCAAGAGUCACGGAUCUGAUCAUUUUUCAGCAAAAAGCAAAAAAAAAACAAAACAAAACAAAACAAAUAAACCUAAGUUUUGUCUGCUUAUUAAACACUUGAAUUAUUAAAUUAAAAUAUAUAAACGUAGUGCACAAGGCAUAAUAUAUAUUUUUUAACAAUUAUUAAUGAAAAACAACUUAAAGUGCAAUAUAUAGGCAUGGGUGAAGAGUGAUUGAAGAUCACUUAGAAAAAAAUAUAUAUUUUAAGACUUCGAGAUUAAAGUCAUUACUCACAGGGUAAAGUUACCUGUUGUGGAGGAGAGUUGUUAAAAUGAGGGCUAUGGAGCAUUUAGAUGAAUUGUACUUCAGUAUAGGUUUCACAAACAUGGAGUUACUUCCUUCGGUACAGCAGCAUUACGUUGUCAUGAGUAUCAAAACUGGAAAAAGAAUAUAUGAGAAAUGCAUCUUUUCCACAGAGAAAAACAGCUGGACAUUAAGGGGAAAAGACUAGAAAUGGCUGUACAGAGGCUAAAUCCAUCAAGACAGCAGUUAAUAUAUCAUAGGGCUUUAGUUUAUCAUACAAGUCAAUAUGCCUUGAGGUGUUAAGGGCCUCUGCAGGUGUAGGUUACUGACCUACUGUCAUCGUUGGGUCUUUUUCGUCUUUAUGAAACCUGCUUUAUUUCAGUGAGUGUCUGUCUUCAAAAUCUACCCAGAUACAGCAAUGCUACGUUUUGAUUGGCUGUUAGGUACACAUACUAUAUCUGAUUAGUUUGCGCACGGCACGCAGCUUCUUAACUCGGGGGAACUGACUUCAUUUCUACCUGUUCCAUUGUUAAAGAGGUGCAACUUGGUGGACGCCACUGUGAUAAUUUAAAUGAGUGAGAAAUACAAUGUGUGAGCGUGUGAACGGGUGGGAAUGUGUGUGUCACACGCCAAAUGCGCAAGACUUGAGAGCCCUGAGUUGAUUUCAGGCUUUAAAAAUCAUCCAAACAUCAAAAUCUUUUUUUCACAUUUUACCCAGAAUAGUACUUCAGGAUCACACCAGAGGACCGCUUUGCUAUAUUACCAGAAACAUGCACUUUAAUUUGACCUUAUGUCCAUACCGUUUUAUCAUCGCUGAUAAAGAAAAUCUUCAAUCAUACUUAACUUACUGACGUCGUGUUCUGACCUGUUAACUUUGGAGUCAAUAACUCAGCAUCCUCAAAAAAAGGUCAGUCAAUACCUGGUAACAUGUCCAGAUUGGACUGUCUCAGACAUACUGGUACGUUUAACCAGCAGCUGGUGAAAUCUAUGUCUUAGGUCAGGUGAGUCUAUGUGAGAAUGAAACAGGAAAUAUUCACCACAUGUGUGUGGGCGGGCGGAGGUGAUAACAUUUAUAUUAUGGGACUGGUGUGAAACCCAGCAGAGUGGCACGUGACAGGAUGGAUGAAGAAAAACAUCAGCAGCUGAAGAGGACAGUCAUUAUCGGGAUAAGGAGGGAGAAAUCUUUGCACACGAGUCCGUCUACACGUUGCAUAAAUAUAAAUGUAAAAACUGACACCACCACAGAGCAGGUCUCUGAAGCUUUGUCUGCCAUUAUGUUGUAAAUGUCACUGUGGCCUUCCCAGCAUGCUUUCAAUGCCAUGUCAAGCCUCCUGAGACCCUCAACCCCCACUCACACCACCACUCAUUUCCAGGCCUGCACCAGUGUUAUACCAAACUGUGUUUCCUGUAGAUAUGUGCCUCUGUGUGUGAAUCCUGGGCGCCCGUCAGCACUGAAGGUUUAUUAGAUUAACGAUAUCGGUCCAUCGACGUACACUUCCCCUGAAUUUUGUCUAAGAGUCUGAAAACAUGCCCUCAUACUCUGAGGAUAUGAAGAUAGCAACAGUGUAAUAUAAAGUCAGGCUGAGCUGGGGGGUGCAUUAUUAGAAACGGGAUAUUGGUGAACUGAAAUACUUUUCCCAGGACUGAGCGUCCUCUUCAUUCAGACAAACCAUGAAGCAGCUCGGCCUACAGUACAUCAGCUGAUCUGAACACUAGCUGACAGUUCAGUCAAUAACUCCAGACACAUCCAACAAUGUCGAAAUGCAUCGUCCAUAUUAACUGCUUCACAACCCGGCUCCUCAGUUUAAUAACCAGUCUAAUCUGACUGGGACUAGGACUGUACCUGCUCUUCCUGCCUCCACUCCAACGCCGUCUUUUUAUGCUGGGUCUGUUUUAGAAAUCGGCGCUGCUCUAAAAUAACCAAAAAUCUGCCUUCAGCUAAAUAUUGCAGUGAUUUCCUUGAGGGGGGGAAUUCUGACUCUAGAUUUACCCUUGUUCUUCCAUCGCCUUUCCUAGAUACUACGUGUGUGUGACAGUGCUGAUCUACUUCCUGCCACUUUGCAUUAUGGGAUGUGCGUACACGUCUGUUGGUGUCACCCUCUGGGCCAGUGAGAUUCCUGGAGACUCAUCUGAGCACUACAAAGAGCAGCUCAUCGCCAAACGCAAGGUGAAACUCACAAACCCUCUCUUUUGAGUUCCUCUGCAGCUGCUGUGCUCUCUCGGGAUUCACUCUGAUUUAAUUUGAUGGUCUUUUAAUCCUCGUCUGAAAUCCUCCAAACUUAACAGAUUAUUUUAAACCCCACUAAUGUCUCCUUUGUUCUUCCUGCGGCAGGUGGUGAAGAUGAUGAUAGUGGUGGUGUGUACUUUCGCUGUCUGCUGGCUGCCCUAUCACAUCUACUUCUUACUGCACCAGUUUUUCCCUGAUUGUUUUGAGCAGCGCUACAUCCAGCAGGUCUACCUGGCCAUCAUGUGGCUGGCCAUGAGCUCCACCAUGUACAACCCCAUCAUCUACUACUGCCUCAACAGCAGGUACCAGUCUGCUUCUUCAUAUUUUACUGUCAUAAAGACAAUCUGCCCACCACUGUGGGUGUUCUUCCCCUAUCUGUGGUAUGUGUUAAGAUCUCCUCCUGACAUGUAAUCUGUGUUUGUGUUGUUAAUCCUGUCCUCCGGGUUAAUCCACGCUGUUAUGAAAAAUGUGCUCCCUUACUUUCAGGUUCAGAGCUGGUUUCCAGCAGGUGUUUUGUUGCUGCGCUCCCACCGUCAGCAAAGAAGAGCUGGAGCUAAAAUCACCACGUUACCUGCAAACCCAGGUGUGUAUCAGGCUCCUCUCCUUUGGGUCUCCCAGACCCAGUGUCUGUUGAUGUGAACAGUAGAACACCACAAGAGAUAGAACCAUUGAUUCUGUUGAGUCAAGCAGUUUUCUUGUAUUAAAAAACAAAACAGAGUGUCACUCUUGAAAACCUCGCUUACAAUGCCUCUGGUGGUCAUAAACUGCACACUGCAUAGGAAGUUUUGCUUAAGUACAAGAGGAUGUGGCAUUAUAAUCCAUCUUUAACACAGCUAAUAAAUAACAACAUUAACUCUCUGUGGAAACACUGAUUUUUGAUAACCUGAAUCUGCUUGUUCGAGGGUAUUCCUCUGAGGGCUAAACCUGGCACUGGCCUUCUCAGGCUGAUUAAAGGGCGAGGCUGAACCUUAAAAGGGUACCUGCAGACUGCCAUGAAAGACUUUGAAGUGGUUAUCCUUGAGACAAAAAAAAAAAAACUACCAACACAGUAUUCACAUGAAAGAAAAACAUCAGAGGAGCAUUUAGAAGGCACUUUGUUUACAUGUAUCCACAAAAAACAAAAACAAAUACAGGGCACUUUGUUUACAUUUUAACUCUUAGAAGUGCAUCCAGAGUAAUACGUCUAUAUUUGAUUCAUUUAGAGGUACUUUAUAAACUUUUUUGUCCGCUACAAAGAGCAGUCUUAAUGCACUCUGUUUACAAAGGCAUUUUUCCUCAUUUUUCACUACAAGGGUACCAGAGAGCGCCUUUUUUUGGUUUUAUCUACUACAAAGGGAUUCAAGAGUGCUUUUAUGGGGCUCUCAGACAUCACCCCCCUACACUCUACAUCACUGAAUCCUGGCAAAGAGGAAACAAAAAAGGAAGAACUUUCUUUCAGCCUUUUGGUCGGCAUAAAUAAACCAAAUAUAGAGGAGCUGCUGAAACACUGCUCACUCAGCUGCUCUAAGUUUAUAGGCUUCCUUUAACAAGAAGAAGCGGUCCAGCAUAUAUCACAAACUGUAUUAUGCUAACAGAAUAAAUGUGUGACUCUCAUUUAUCAGAACCAAGAUGGGGAAAUCAAGUAGUACGAUUAUUUUACUGAAAUAUCUUUAAAGACAUACUAACUGAAUGUGUUAUCUGGUUGAUUUAUCUCUAACACAAACCCUCUUUAUCUCCAGGUCAGCAUAUGUCGAGCCAGUCGGAUGGAGACAGUAGUGUCCACGUCUGUCCCACCUGUAACCUCAGAGCACAGCAGGACAGAGCUGCCAUCCUUCACCUCUCACACCGAGCCUCUCAGGACGUCCAACGGGUCAGGUUCAGAGACAUUCACCAAGAGCCCCAACAGUCCCAGUCCUGAGUAAAGCAAAACCAGCAGUCAGAGUGAGGGCUGUGAGUCUGCCCGGCAGAGGCUGAAAUCUGCCAUCGACUCUCCAACUGUACAGGAGACAGUGACAUUUAGGCCCCCUGAGUACCUCUGUUGAACUAAUGAAGACCUUAUUUAGCUAUGUGAGAAGCUGCUCUGAUCAGUCAUGUGAUGUGAAAGCAUGACUUCUGUACAUUUACUGAAGGUUGUUUUUUUUUCCUUCAGCAGAUCUGGUUUUGCUUUUAUCCAAAAUUUCCAAAUGCUGUUCUCGAGGUUUCUGAUCAUGUGAUCCACCAUUAAAGAUGUUCCUUUGGGGUUAAACAACUGAUAGGUGCUGUAGUUUUGGACUUGGUUUGGUAGUUUGCUCCAGCCUGCAGCAGCAGAACAGGCUGAAAUGAAAACAACAAUAUGAUCCGAGAUAAAUGUGCUGAUUAUGGUAAAUCCUCCAAAAGACUCAGAUUGUGAUUUUAAGCGUCUGAUAGCUUAACGGAGAGGAUCCCUGCAGAGAGAUCCUUCAUUAAAGAGGAUAAAGUGGAUUUUUCUGAACAGGAAGCAGGCGUCACAUCGUUUAACCCUCCUCCUGUGUUAGGUUCUGCACAGACCCAUUUUUGUUUUUAAAUGCUAAAAAGAACCACUUAAAUUAACUUUUUUUAAACUUAAAGACUUUUUGACUGUCAGGAACCUUUAUUCAAAAAAAAAAAUAAUUAAAUUGACUGAAUUAUAAAUUGCUCUUUUUUUUCAAAUUAUGGCACUUGUCGUGUUAGGGUCGCUGUUGACCUGGUUAGAUUAAUAUCUAAUAAUUAGGGCAAAAACUGAAAUCACAUGUGCAUUGACAGUCAGAUCCUCUUCAGGAAAUUCUCAUUUUUCCAUGUUUUUCUCUGCACAAAAAACAACGUCAGACAUGUGAGAUCAAUUCAGUGUAGAUGUCUGUGUGAGGGCUAUACUAACAAAGAAAGGCCCAGAGACCCACACCAAAAAUAUUAUAAGCAAUAUUUUCAUGGACAAUGAAGCCUAACAAGGUAACCUAGAGAUGAGAAACAAAUUAGAUGAUGAAGAAAUGUUUAGUGUAGUUUACAGUUGAUUUAAGACAUGGGUCAAAACCGACCCUUAACAUGGUGGGUGCGUAGUAAAAGCUAACACAGGAGGAAGGUUAAAAACCUGUGGCUGUUACCAUGGUUACUGAGAUUAUCCUAAUUACUCACAAACAUCCAGGGAUACCUGGUUAAUACUGCAGCAUUUGCACUUCUCAGGAGUCAAGCUUGUAUGUCAUGUAUGCGUGUCACCGUCGUUCAGGUGUAGGACUAGUCUUUAAUCUGAGUUUGUGAAAAGUGCAGUGACGUCAGUAUUUUGCAUCACAGUGAUAAUUGAACAUUAACAGCCCUAAAGUUGCUGUUUGUCAGUGUAACAGCUGAUUUUGGUUUUUAAAUAAGAACACCUCCUUCCUGUUUAAGAUAUUUUUGGCCUUUUUUAAAUACAACAGCUGAAAGGAGGCAGGAAAUGGAAGGAGAGAGUGGGGCUGCAAAGGGUCGAGGUCAGGAGUUGAACAAGUGAUCCCUCCAGCGAGGACUUCAGCCUCUGUACAAGGGGGGGGAUCCUUCUGUGGUUUUGUCUUAGAGAAACGAUCUGAACCUGUCAGAGACAAAACUCAACUUUUAUAGGAUACACUCCGAUCUGCGAUGUGUUAACGCAUCAAUCAUGUUGCAGCCAUUACAGCCUGUUUCACUGGUGCAGAUGGAGGUAAUGGGCACAUCCAUUUUUGAGUUAUUUAGACCCCAAA